CGUUCCAUGAUUGCGCGGCCCCGCGAUGAGUGCGCGGGCACGGCGGAGGGGUGGGGACUGGCUGCCAGCGGCGUGAGCUCGGCUCUCUCGGCCGCCAUUUUACAACAGCCACACUCCACCGGACAAGAAGCUGCAGGUACUAUACGAGUGGCCGGUUAGUCCGACACGCUGACACCGGAGAGCAGAGCAGAUAGCUCGGACACAGCCAGCCCCCGCCCGGAUCGGGACAGAUAUCUGGAGAUAUGGCCGCUGAACAUGUAAAUGGGAAUGGUACAGAAGAGUCCAUGGAUACUUAUGCUGCAGUAGUCCCAUCAGAGCAUUUGCAGACUUUGCUCGAUGCUGGUUUACCACAGAAAGUUGCUGAAAAACUAGAUGAAAUUUACAUUUCAGGUUUAGUUGCACAUAGUGAUCUAGAUGAAAGAGCUAUUGAAGCUUUAAAGGAAUUCAAUGAAGAAGGUGCAUUAGCUGUGCUUCAACAGUUUAAGGACAGUGACCUCUCGCAUGUACAGAAUAAAAGUGCCUUUUUAUGUGGAGUCAUGAAGACCUACAGGCAGAGAGAGAAACAAGGGACCAAAGUUGCGGAUUCUAGCAAAGGACCAGAUGAGUCCAAAAUUAAGGCCCUUCUAGAAAGAACAGGAUAUACUUUAGAUGUGACAACUGGUCAAAGGAAAUAUGGUGGCCCACCGCCAAGCACAGUCCACUCAGCGCAACAGCCUUCUGUUGGCACAGAGAUAUUUGUAGGUAAGAUCCCUAGAGACCUGUUUGAAGAUGAGCUUGUUCCAUUAUUUGAAAAGGCUGGAUCAAUUUGGGAUCUUCGUUUAAUGAUGGAUCCUUUAACUGGUUUAAAUAGGGGCUAUGCUUUUGUUACAUUUUGUACGAAAGAGGCUGCUCAGGAGGCUGUCAAGUUGUACAAUAACCAUGAGAUUCGAUCUGGAAAACAUAUUGGAGUAUGCAUCUCUGUUGCCAAUAAUAGACUUUUUGUUGGGUCUAUUCCAAAAAGUAAAACAAAGGAACAAAUUGUUGAAGAAUUUAGCAAAGUUACAGAAGGUCUUACUGAUGUAAUAUUGUACCAUCAGCCAGAUGAUAAGAAAAAGAAUAGAGGUUUCUGCUUUCUUGAAUAUGAAGAUCAUAAAACUGCUGCCCAAGCCAGACGCCGGCUAAUGAGUGGCAAAGUGAAAGUAUGGGGUAAUGUUGUGACUGUGGAAUGGGCCGACCCAAUUGAAGAUCCUGAUCCAGAGGUAAUGGCAAAGGUUAAGGUUUUGUUUGUGCGCAAUCUUGCAAACACAGUCACAGAAGAAAUCUUAGAGAAGGCAUUUGGUAAUUUUGGCAAACUGGAGAGAGUGAAGAAGCUAAAAGACUAUGCUUUUAUUCAUUUUGACGAUCGGGUCGGUGCAGUAAAGGCAAUGGAAGAAAUGAAUGGAAAAGAGUUGGAAGGAGAGAAUAUUGAAAUAGUUUUUGCUAAACCACCUGAUCAGAAGAGGAAAGAGCGCAAAGCUCAAAGACAAGCAGCUAAAAAUCAAAUGUAUGAUGAUUAUUAUUAUUAUGGUGGUCCUCAUAUGCCCCCUCCUUCCAGAGGCCGUGGCAGAGGAGGUAGAGGUGGUUAUGGAUAUCCUUCUGACUAUUAUGGCUAUGAAGAUUAUUAUGAUUAUUAUGGCUAUGACUACCAUAACUACCGUGGUGGAUAUGAUGAUCCUUUCUAUGGUUACGAAGACUUUCAAGUCGGAGCUAGAGGCAGGGGUGGUAGAGGAGCAAGGGGUGCUGCUCCAUCCAGAGGUCGCGGGGCUGCUCCUCCCCGUGGCAGAGCCGGUUAUUCACAGAGGGGAGGCCCAGGAUCAGCAAGAGGCGCUCGAGGUGCGAGAGGAGGUGCCCAGCAACAAAGAGGCCGCGGGGUACGUGGUGCGAGGGGUGGCCGCGGUGGAAAUGUAGGAGGAAAGCGCAAAGCUGAUGGGUACAACCAGCCAGAUUCCAAGCGGCGCCAGACCAAUAAUCAGAACUGGGGCUCCCAACCCAUUGCUCAGCAACCGCUCCAAGGUGGUGAUCAUUCUGCAGGGAAAAGGGGUCGAGGCCGGUCCUGACCUGUAACAAUGAAGACUGACUUGCUAUGUGGGAUUACACCAGAAGCUUGCAGUGGAGUAAUGGUAAGAAAAUCAAGAAACCUUUAAAAUAUAUCUGAGAUGUAUAGGAGCAUUUCUAUCGCAGAAGGCCUUCAAGCAAAGAUCAUGGAUUCUAAUAUUGGACUUUUGAACUAAUAUGUGGACUUUGAUAUGAAUUCCUUUAACAUUUUUUUGCAGUGCAAGUUAUUAAAUUUAAGUUACCCUAAAUCUCCAUGUGUUCUACAGCGUUAAACUUCAUGACUUCUAGCAUGGUAUCUUGGUAAAAUUUUAUUCUAUAGACAAAAAUCUGCAUAUAGUAGAUUUUCCAUUUUCUUAAUGUUGGGUUCCAAUGGUGCUUACUCUGCCAUUUUUUUUAGUCUUUAGUUCAUCAUGCCUACUUCAGCCAUUUAAACCUGAGCAUCUUAAUCAACAUUUGAUUGCAGUUCUAAGCCUGCAGGAAUCCUGCCUCCUUAAGCCUGACUGGUUAGCUGUAGUAUUCCCUUAUGUUAAAUAAUAAAAAAAAGGGUUUACUUUGAGCCCCAGAACCUGCAGUUUUGGGGCUGAUAAACUUUGUAUAGAGCUUAAUGCUGCAGACAUUUAAGUGGUUUAAGCAGGUGUCAUAUGGAACUUCUGACUUGAAAUGGCUAAGUAAUGUUGAAUUUUGACCUUUUUUUGAGGGGUUAGGAUGCUUCUUUAAAAUAUGCUUGUUUAAAAAGGUAUGGGACAGUGGGGUUUAUUGCAAAUGUAUGUUAUCACCAUUGGUACCCAUUUUCAUUUUUUUUUCUUCAAUACAUAAAUAUAUAUAUAUUUUUAUUUUUGCUCCCAAAGGUUAUUAAUGAAUGUCUCACAUGAAUUGUGUUUAAAUUGAAGUACAGAAGUUUCGGGUGUAAUCAUCAGAGCCGGUUAGUCAGGCAUUCCAGAUAGUGGUUCUUUUCAGAACCUUUUUUUAAAGGGUUGGUUAACUACCUCAGUAGCAGAGGAUUGAACUAUACCCUGUGUGUACUGUAUAUAGAAAAUCUUUGUUGAUGAAAGCCAGACUUGUUUAAUGUGCCAUGAGGAAUUUGAAAUGUACCAAAUGUAACAUUCUUUUACAGCCUUUUUCAUGUUAAAAGGCUUGUGAGACUUCCUCAUGGGCCCAACAACAAGCCUAGCUUUUGUCGUAUUUUGUGGCUGAAAAAGCAGCCUUUGCUCUUUCAGAUAUAUUGUAGUUAUUUGGAUGUAAAAUAGUUUAGCGAGAUGUUACUUUUUACUAAGACAUCAAAUGUUCCAAAAAGUACAUCGGCAACUUGUACUGAAUACUGCAGUGUCCCUUUUGGUUAGUCGAGCUUAAGACACAUUUUACAGUUAAGCCUGACUUCUUUAUGAUGAUAAGAAUCUGAAUACGAAGCUUACCAGCUGUCGUAUUCCCUAAUUAGAAAACAAAUUUGUAAGUUUAUGGUUGGUUUUUCUUUGUUCGUAACUUGUGAACCAGCAAUCCUUUAUUUUUUUUUUAUUUUUUUAUUUUUUUAAACAUACCAUAUAAUUACUGUGCAGUACAAAUGUGUGAAAGAUGUCUGUUUUUUUGCUUUUUUUAUGUUUUAAUUAUUAGUACUAUUCAUUUUUUUUUUCUUCUCUUAAAGCACCUUGAUAAGUGGUAAAAUCCUUUAAUGGAGCCCAUUUUAAAAAAAACAAAACACUUCUCCUUAAAGGGAUACUGCAGUUGAACUACAUAUUCAAUUAGGCACCACAAUAGUUGAUCAAUCCUGUUACCCAGUGGUAGUUUCAUACUUACUUUCCCCAAUGAUGCUAAUUUUAAGCAGAAUAAAUAGACCUGUCAUCUGUUCAAAAUGCUCAUGACAAACAAUCAUUUUUGCAUUCCUGCAAAUAAAAUUGUUUUAUACUGUAAGCUGGAGGCGAGUGUAACUUAUUUUUGUAAUAAAAGUUUUUUAUUUUUUUUUUAAGUGUCAUUACUAUAAGUGUGUGUUAGUCCAGAGGAUGUUUUAAGUUCUAGUCACUGCAGUAUGUUCACUUGUACUGUACAAUACAUAGCAUAGUGGUUGCCAAUAUCUGUAUGCCUAAUUUCUAAUUGAAACGCUCUGUCCAGUAAUUCUUUAGUAAAUAAAACAAAUUUUAAGAUUACUAUGGCUAAUAAGCACCCACAAGGUCCACCAUAGUAUCUGUUUUGCAGGACCCUCUAAAUUAUAGAAAUACUGAAACUAGAAUAUUCCCUUUCUUUCCAUCUUUGUUUUGUUUUUUGUCUUUGCAAACCCAUUUCUUUGUAGCACAUUAAUAUUACUAUUAUAUAGUAUUACAAUUGGAAGUUCUUAAUUACUGAACACUUGAUCCUUUGUGAUAUUCUCCCCAAAAGUAUAUAUACUAGUUGUGAUGUACACUUUUUUGUCAAAGCAUGUGUUUGUGAGGUCUGUCUUAAUACUGCCACAGUUUCUUCAGUGCUGGGUCAUCUUGCUAUAGUGUUUCAGUAUUUAAAGGAUAACCCUCAUGCACAACAUUCAGACUCUAAAAAGAGUACAUAGCAUCAUGGAAAAACACUACAGAAAGCUACAUAUUCAGAUACCCAUAGUAUUACUUGAAAGCAGCAGAGCAAUUAUGAAGUAAAUGCCACAAACUACCAUGUCACAACACACGGAGUGUUAAUUUGCUGUGUUUUGUAUUAUACACAAUCUAAAUACUUAAACUGUAAUGGUCCCUUUGCAAAAAGGGAAGUGUUUGUAUUAGCAGGGUACAGUAGCCUGAAGCUAUUCCACAGCCUGUUGAAAACAUUUGGAAACAUAUAUUCCCAUGUAUAACAAACCAUAUGUGCUACACUUUUUUUGCAUUAAACAAUUAUUUUAAUCUGUGGAUUCAAAUGUAAAUGCCUGUCUAAUUUGUUUGUGCUUGCCAGCUUAUUCACUAUUUUGCAUUAUACCACACCGCUCAUUACAAUUGGGAAGAUUCCAACUUUCGCCUAAGCUCUGUUUAGUAUUUCUACAUAUUUUCCAACACUACAUACUUAUGAAAUCUCUGGAUCUUGUGGUUAACUAAUUUGCUACUAGAAUUACCUACGAAUACCAAUCUUUGAUGGGUGUCAGUCAUUGUCACCGUAGGAAAAUGUGUGCACUUCUGCCAGCAAAAUGUCUCUAGCUAAACCUCUAUUCCAUUAAUGCAACUUCCUUUUUUCCUUUUUUUUUUUUCUUCCUUAUCUCUACAUAUAUAAAUAUAUACAUACAGUGGUUUGGCAGAACUGGAUGAUAAAUAUCAGUCUUCAAAAAGAUUUUAUUAGCUGCCUUUUGCCAGUGGGGUUGUAAAAGUUUAUAACAUUCAUUUGGUUUUGGGAUUUCACCAGUGAUUUGCAUUUUACUGGCUUUGGAUUUUCCAGACAUAUUUUUAAAUGUAUAUAAAUAAAGUGAUUUACAAAAACA